GUUAGCCCUGCUCCCAAGAAAUUGCUUCCAAUUUCCAGUUUCCAAACGCUAUGAAAACACACACCCUUCUCUUCCACGUCGCUCUCCUCUCAGCGGCGUUACUCUUCGCUGCCGCCGCCGCCACCCCCACCACAUACCCCGACAACUCCAAAGCUGUCGAUUUCAUCCGUACAAGCUGCAACGCAACUUUGUAUCCAAAACUCUGUUACACCUCCCUCUCCGCCUAUGCCAACACCAUCCAACAAAGCCCCGCCCACCUGGCCCGCGUCGCAGUUGCUAUCAGCCUCUCCAGGGCCCGCCACAUGGCCUCCUACGUGGCCAACCUCUCCCGCCAGGCGGACUACGGCGCAGCGCCCCGAACCGCAGCUGCCCUUCAUGAUUGCUUCUCCACCUUCGGCGACGCCAUCGACCAGAUUCGCGGCUCUCUCAAACAGAUGCGGCAGCUGAAAGUCGGUGAAUCGUUUAGGUUUCAGAUGGGUAACGUGCAGACGUGGAUGAGCGCCGCGCUUACCAACGAGGAUACGUGCACCGAUGGAUUCGAAGACGCGCCAGACGGCGCCGUGAAAUCGGAAGUAUGCGAUCGGGUUGAGAAUGUGAAGAAGUUCACCAGCAAUGCGCUUGCCCUAGUUAAUAGUUAUGUGAACAAGGAAACUAACGCUACGGAAAUGCCUUGAUUCUAUAUCUCAUAUCUUGUAAAAAAAAAAGGAAAAAAAGGGUAAACUGAGUGAUACUAUGUUAGUUUUCUUGGGUUUUGCUUUGUAUUUAUUUAUGGUGAUCGAUGUUCCUUCUUUCAUGUUUGAAAGAAAGAGAAAGAAGCUUUUUAAAAUUUCAACA